UGACGCAGCCCGGCUGACGUCACGCAGGCGGGUUGUCAGUGGUGCUUGAAGCUGCUGUCAGCCUCCAUUCCCGCGGACAGCCUCAGCAGCAGCGCAAGAUCAUCAUCAUCAGCAGCAGCAGCAGGACCCUCAGUAGAAGCGCAAGAUCGUCAGCAGCAGAAGCAGGACCCUCAGCAUGGCAGCGGAGGAGCUCGCACACAAGCUGCAGUCGCGGCUGGUGGUCACGCAGGAGGAUGCGGAGCCGAGGCCGGAGCCCGCACUCAGCCCGCAACGAUCCAGACCGCAGGAGCCCGAUGCUGCCUGCGGGGAAUCCGCCUCCGAGCUGUCCGCCAUACUGAACCGCAGGCUGGACAUCAACCAGGGAAACGCCGCUCCACGACCGAGCCGAGUGUUCAACCCGUACACCGAAUUCAAGGAGUUCUCCCGCAAACAGAUCAAGGACAUGGAGGCGAUGUUCAAGCGGUACGACACAGGUAAAGACGGCUUCAUCGACCUGAUGGAGCUGAAGCUGAUGAUGGAGAAACUCGGAGCUCCUCAGACUCACCUGGGUCUGAAGAACAUGAUCAAAGAGGUCGACGAAGACUUCGACGGGAAGCUGAGCUUCAGGGAGUUCCUGCUGAUCUUCAGGCGAGCGGCGGCCGGAGAGCUGCAGGAGGAGAGUGGCCUGAUGGCUCUGGCUCGUCUGUCAGAGAUCAACGUCUCCACAGAGGGAGUGAUGGGAGCCAAAGACUUCUUUGAAGCAAAGAUGAAGGUUGCAGCUGCAGGCAGUAUGUUUGAGGCGGAGAUCCGAGAGGAGAAAGAAGAACAAAAGAGACAGGAAGUGGAGAAGAAACAAAGACAAGCUGCAUUCAAGCAGCUGCAGUCAACCUUCUGCUCGUGACCUGACACCAGAGUCCAAGUCCUGCCCUGACCUGCACAGUCAGUGUUAGAGAGACCAGAACUCAAGUCCCGCCCUGACCUGCACAGUCAGUGUUAGAGAGGUUUAGCUUCACUUUUUUUAACCCCUGAAAUCACUCCCAGUGCAGCACUUUAUAACCAGAGAUUAUAGAAUACAGCACAUGUACGGUUCAUUCAUUCCAGAUGUUCUGCAGCUGCUGCACAGAAAACAAAACACACCUUUAAAUAUGCAGUGUUUCAAAUUCAUAAAAGUAUCAUCGAUUUAUUCUGUUCUAUUCUUUUUGUUUCUCUAAAAGAGUUUUCAGCACAAGGGAAACGUCUCGUGACGUGAACUUUUAGUCGGAUAUUUGUGAAGCUUUUUGAACAUUCUGUGUCGCUUUGUUUGAUUCUCACCUCGUUACAGUGAUCUCAACAUGAGCGUCUUCUCUGCUACCUGCAAUGUGAUGAGAUAUUGUAAAAUAAGAAAACAGCAUGAAGAGCUGUUGUAAUAUUUACAAUAUAAAGUACUUAUAUGACUCGAUGUUCAAGCCUCAUGUAGUUCAGCAGCUUCAGAUUUAAAGAGUCUGCUGCAGCCUCAGAUUUAAAGAGUCUGCAGCAGCUUCAGAUUUAAACAGUCUGCAGCACAUUCAGAUUUUAAGAUUCUGCAGCAGCCUCAGAUGUAUAGAGUCUGUAGCAGCUUCAGAUCUAAAGAGUCUGCUGCAGCCUCAGAUUUAAAGAGUCUGCAGGAGCUUCAGAUUUAAACAGUCUGCAGGAGCUUCAGAUUUAAAGAGUCUGCAGCAGCCUCAGAUUUAAAGAGUCUGCAGCUGCUUUAGAUUUUAAGAAGUGAACUUCAGUUUGCGUUUUAAUAUAUGUUAUUUUGAAGGCAUACAGAGAUGUAAUUGUUUUACUGAUCACUGGAAUUUUUGAGUGUCACAUCUCUUAUAAAUCCUAUGGCGCUGUUACCACCAACUCUCAGCAGACGUUAAUUUUUUCACUCUAACUGUAUGUGGCUGGUAGCGCCCUCUGUUUGUGAGUUAGACUCUUUUUACAAUGAGGCUGAUCUACAGAGAAAGAGACAAUUGUUUCUCAAAUGACUGAAUAAUAAACACAGACACACUGUUUGCUCUGCAGCGCAGUUAGGGGAACAUUUAACUCUUUGCAUGUGGUGAAUUUGACAGUGUCAUUUAAACUCCUUAUCACAGGUUGAGCUAAGGGUCUGAAUCAAUCCUUAUGUGAAUCAGACCCUCAGCAGAAACAGGUCAUCAGUGUCCACCUUGUCCGCUUUGUUGUCUUGUUGUUGGUGGUGAGGACUACAGGUCUGAUAUUGAUCCUAAAUCUUUGUAAAGAUCAACACUACAUGCUGAACUCUGUUCUAAUCUUUAUUUUUUAUAGAAACUUUAUUUUAACACUGUGAACACAUAAGAACUUACAACCUACAGCCGGAUGUUUGGCUUCUUUAAGUGUCUUUGGAUUUAGGACUUAGUGUGACGUGGACACUACAUACUUUGACCACAGGGGGUGCCAUAAUCCACAAUUACUGAUAGAUUCUACUGAACAGCGGGUUCCUUAUUUGAGAUUAUUUCAUGUUUGAUAUUAAAAUUAUUUGUUGGAAUAUUUUCGGGGGAAACUACAUUAGGGGUUAUAUAAUGUAUAACUCUACUUGGUCUAUAAUGUCACUAUGAAUGACAUCUGCAGGGUCAACAUCCAGGACCAACCAAAACUAAGAACGAUAACCCUGAUUACCACGAUACAUGUAGCAUUUUGUUUUAGUGAAACACGACGGACAGACAGACAGACAGACAGACAGGCAGGCAGACACACAGAGAGGUAGAGAGACAGGCAGGCAGGCAGACAGACAAACAGACAGACAGACAGAGAGGUAGACAGACAGACAGACAGACAGACAGACAGCUCUGAAGGAGUUGAGACAGGGAUGUAGUCCUCUCUCCUCAGUUAGAAAACAUUCUCGUCACUGUGAGUGCUAGUUUUAUUAUUGGUCAAUGUUACUGGAUGUUAGAGGAACAGUACCACAAAUAUACACACAUCCACUUUUUCAUAAAGGCUGAAAUAAAUGUUUAAAUAUGACCAGAAUCUGCUCAAUCAUUCAUCUGAUUGCGUCCAGGGUCAGAGCCUGACAGGAGAGUCCUCCAGCACUUAAUUUCUCUGUAUCUUCGGCCCUUUAUUUACUCAGUAUAUUCAGUAUCCAGCCAAUUAUUUACUCUGUAUCUUCAGUAUCAGGCCCAUUAUUUACUCUGUAUCUUCAGUGUCCGUCCCAUUAUCAUUAUUUACUCUGUAUCUUCAGUAUCCGGCCCAUUAUUUACUCUGUAUCUUCAUUACCUGGCCCAUUAUUUUCUUUGUAUCUUAGUGUCUGUCCCAUUAUCAUUAUUUACUCUGUAUCUUCAGUAUCCGGCCCAUUAUUUACUCUGUAUCUUCAUUACCUGGCCCAUUAUUUUCUUUGUAUCGUCAGUGUCCGUCCCAUUAUCAUUAUUGACUCUGUAUCUUCAUUACCCGGCCCAUUAUUUACUCUGUAUCUGAUGUAUCCAGCCCAUUAUUUACUCUGUAUCUUCAGUGUCCGUCCCUUUACCAUUAUUUACUCUGUAUUUUCAGUAUCCGGCUCAUUAUUUACUCUGUAUCUUCAUGUUUUUCAGUUGUAGCAUGUUCCAGGUGUCAUAUAAGAAAUCUACUGUACGUAUAACACGUAACUAUUUGUUGUGGAAAUGGACAAUGUAUUUUUUCAUGAAUAAAAUAGUAUAUAUAUUGUUAUUUGUUUUAGCAGAGAUUUAUAAGUUGCCAAAUAUAAAGACAAAGUCAUUGAGAUAUAUUUUUGGGCACUUGUAAAGAUGUUGUGUUGUUAUAAACCCCGUCAGGAUGGAAACGUUUGACUUGAUUGCAAUAAUGAACAAAUUAAAAUGAUGUUAAAAAAAUA